CCCAUGAUGCAUCUCUUCAGCGCGGCAUCUGCAGCGGCACACGCGUCGCGUCGCUGAUAACAUCUCGCGCAAUGGCUGCAGCUCUGUCUCGAGCGCUGAAAUUACCGGGGAAGAAGGGCUCGGACCUGGGCGAGUACGACCCGCUGACGCAGGCGGACAGCGAAGAUGAGACGGAGGACGACGAUCUGGUGCUGAACUACCCUCGUAACGGCCUGAGCCCGGCGGCGGCCGACCUGCGGGACGAGGAGGAGGAGUUGGAGGAGGAGUGGCCGCAGAGAGAGGGGGAGGGGCCUGUCGCAGAGGUGGGCGGGGCCAGCGAGGGGAAGGCGGGGCGUGUGCGCGGGGCGGUUCGGACCACAGCGUUCCUGCUGCCGCUGGGCUGCGCGGCGCUGCUAGUGCUGAUGUGUGCGUUUCUCCUGCCCUGCCCACAGGGGGCGCCGCACCUCACGCACUGGCAGCGAGCGCUCGGAGACGCCAGCGGCGUGACCUCGCCUCCGCUGGCGCUGUGUGACGUGGACGGAGACGGGCUGGAGGACCUUCUGAUCGGCGUCACCAGCAUCUCUAAUGACACUCAGCCAAUCAACGCGCAGAGCAAAGAGUUCAGCGUGUGCGCGGUCAGCGGGGUCAGUGGGCAGCUGCUGUGGACGAGACCCCUCAGGGAGCCGCUGUUCUCCGUUCAGUGUGGACUGCAGACAGGAAGUGCUGAUCCGCAGACAGGAAGUGCUUGCGUCCUGAUCAGCUCGGGUCACAUCAUCGCUGUUAACGCCUCCACAGGCCGGACGCAGUGGACGGCAGCCGUCAGUGACGUCGAGUCUCACGCCGUUCUGCUGCCGGAUCUGGACGAAGACGCGUUUCCAGACCUACUGAUCGCAACACUGCCGGCAGACCAGGUGUCUGAUCUGGCCCUGGUCUUGCUCUCCGGCCGGUCUGGAGCUCUGAUUGGCCGGCCGGUGAACUUUAACCUCACGGCUCAGGGGAAGCUGAUUGGUCCGCUGCUGCAUGAGACGCAGAUGAGAGCCUAUUACGUGCUGUUUGGACUGGGCACGGUGGAGGGCGUCUCUCUCAGCCUGGUUUACCAUCAGGCCACAGGCAGGACGGCCGUGUCUCGGGUCCUUCAGAAGGAGCCCAGCUGGGAGCGUCUGAGGAAGAGCAACUCGUCACGGCUCAUUCACAUCAGCAGUGAGCAGGUGGAGUUCCUGCUCCCUCUAGUGGCGGGUCACAGCGCUCAGCACAGUAAUCUGGACAGCGUGUCGGUGUUGAACUCGAGCCGCAGUGAGAGGAUGCUGGUGUGUGGAGCCGACGGCCGUCUCUCUGUGCUGACAGCGAACGACACACACACCGCCUGGAGCCUCGGCCCCGCCGUCAUACACACUCGUCCGGCGUUGGGUCAGUUCAGUGACGACGAUGUUCCUGAUCUACUCAUUCAUCAGUCGGCCAAUGGCGUCAGGAAGGUGCAGAUCCUCGACGGCGCUCGGGGGCGGAGCUUGUGGGAGGCGGGGUUUGUGUGUCCUCGUCUGGCGGUGGAGGAUUCGUCGGUUCGCACCUCCUCCGGCCAAUCCGUGUUCCUCUUCUGGGCGGGAGACCCGCUGUCGCCGGCGCUGAACGUCACCAAGGCAACCAGCCAGGCGGCCGAGCCGGUCCUCCGCAAGCUCUUCCUGCUCCACCCGUCCUAUCCCACAAUCCUCCUGCAGCUGAGCAGCACCACGGACACCAUCCUCACCGCGGCAGUGAGCUACCAGCCGCAGCAGAAGGACGCCUCCUACAUCAGCGUCUCGUCUCGGCCCACGUCCGGCCGGCGUCCGGCUGCGCAGCGGCUGAAGAGCCUCAGUCUGAGGGCCGCCAUCGCAGACGCUCAGAUCCUGCAGCUGCCCGACGCCAGCAGAGACGCCACACUCGACACGGCCUUCCACGUCAGCACGUUCUUCAGACGCCUGUCCUUCAAACAGGAUAUGAACAUGUGAAGUUAUUGGUGAUGAUGAAGAUGAAGAAGACGUGUGUGAACACUUGAGCU